CUUGGGAAAUGGAGAUGGUAGAAGAACAAGCUCUCGCCAUUUCUUCUUCUUCUUCUCUCUAAAAAGACUUCACCGAUUCCUUAUUUAUUCGUUUUCCUCUCCCAGAUUUUCUCGGGAAAAUAUUUAUAUUUCCUCCUCUUUCUUCUCACUUGUUCCUUAACACUCCUUUUCUAGAUCUACUAGAUACUGAUUUAUUAAACCAUCGAAAAGUCUCCGGCAAGAUGGAUUUGUUGGCGUUCUAUUAUUAAACUUGUAUAAAUCGAGAAAAUAAGAAUCCGAUUCCACAGAUGGAAGUAUGUGCUGUGGAUCAGACCGAUUAAACAAGAUCGUGUCAUCAACAUCUUCGUGGCCAGCUUCUUUCGAAGAUACCAAUCUUUUAACCAACACAGACAUGAAUCACUUGAGAGUCGAAACAGAGGAUACCUUCGCGAGCUUGCUUGAGCUUGCAGCAAACAACGAUGUGGAAGGUGUAAGGCUGUCCAUUGAGAGAGACCCUUCUUGCGUAGACGAAGCUGGUCUCUGGUACGGUCGUCAAAAAGGGUCAAAAGCUAUGGUCAACGAUCAGAGGACUCCAUUGAUGGUUGCUGCGACUUACGGAAGCAUCGACGUGAUCAAGCUUAUUGUCUCUCUAACCGACGCUAACGUGAACCGGGCCUGCGGGAACGAUCUGACCACCGCGCUACACUGCGCUGCCUCUGGAGGAGCUGUGAAUGCUAUCCAAGUGGUUAAGCUGCUACUCGCAGCUGGAGCUGACCUAAACCUGUUGGAUGCUGAAGGUCAACGAGCUGGAGAUGUUAUCGUUGUUCCUCCUAAGCUUGAAGGUGUGAAGCUGAUGCUUCAGGAGCUUCUUUCCGCUGAUGGAUCAUCAACUGCAGAACGGAACUUGCGGGUUGUGACGAAUCUUCCUAAUAGAAACAGCACUUCUCCGUCUCAUUCUCCUACCGGAGAGAACGGUGAGUAUCCGCUUGGUUCGCCGCUUGGUUCUCCGUUUAAGCUGAAAUCGACUGAGUUCAAGAAAGAGUAUCCUGUUGAUCCGUCUUUACCGGAUAUCAAGAACAGUAUCUACGCGACUGAUGAGUUCAGAAUGUAUUCCUUCAAGGUUCGUCCUUGUUCACGUGCCUACUCUCAUGAUUGGACAGAGUGUCCUUUUGUUCACCCUGGUGAGAACGCGAGGAGAAGAGACCCGAGGAAGUUCCACUACAGUUGUGUUCCAUGCCCUGAUUUUAGGAAAGGUGCUUGUAGACGAGGAGAUAUGUGCGAGUACGCGCACGGUGUGUUCGAAUGCUGGCUUCAUCCAGCUCAGUAUCGGACACGUCUCUGCAAAGAUGGAACAGGUUGUGCUCGACGUGUUUGUUUCUUUGCGCACACACCUGAGGAGCUUCGACCUUUGUACGCAUCUACCGGUUCAGCUGUUCCUUCGCCUCGUUCAAAUGCUGAUUAUGCAGCGGCUUUGAGUCUUCUUCCUGGUUCUCCAUCAGCUGUCUCUGUUAUGUCUCCUCUCUCACCAUCUGCAGCGGCGAACGGGAUGUCUCACUCGAACAUGGCUUGGCCGCAACCGAAUGUCCCGGCUUUGCACUUACCAGGAAGCAAUCUACAGUCAAGCAGGCUAAGAUCUUCUCUCAAUGCAAGAGACAUCCCGCAAGACGAGUUUAGUAUGUUAGCGGAUUACGAGCAGCAGCAACUUCUCAACGAGUUUUCCAAUUCGUUGAGCCGUUCUGGUCGGAUGAAAUCGAUGCCUCCUUCGAAUCUUGAAGAUCUUUUCUCAGCGGAAGGUUCUUCGUCUCCUCGGUUUACUGAUUCCGCUUUAGCUUCUGCGGUUUUCUCGCCUACGCACAAAUCCGCUGUCUUCAACCAGUUUCAGCAACAGCAACAGCAGCAACAGCAACAGCAGAGCAUGUUGUCUCCAAUCAACACGAGUUUCUCUUCACCAAAGAGCGUCGAUCACUCAUUGUUUUCUGGAGGAGGAAGAAUGUCUCCUCGGAAUGUGGUUGAGCCAAUAUCACCUAUGAGUUCUCGGGUUUCCAUGUUGGCUCAGUGCGUGAAGCAGCAGCAACAGCAACAACAGCAGCAGCAGCAACAACAACAACAUCAGUUCCGUAGCCUUAGCUCAAGGGAGCUUAGAACAAACUCGAGCCCAAUUGUUGGUUCACCGGUUAACAACAACUCGUGGUCAUCAAAAUGGGGAUCUUCAAAUGGUAAACCGGAUUGGGGAAUGAGCUCAGAGGCACUUGGUAAGUUGAGAUCUUCAUCAUCAUUCGAUGGCGAUGAGCCUGAUGUUUCGUGGGUUCAGUCAUUGGUGAAGGAGUCUCCAACCGAAGCCAAAGAGAAAGUAGCAGCGUCUUCUUCUUCUUCCUCUGGGGAAAACGUGAAGCAGCCAACAGCGGUUGAAGCGGUAAUGGAUCAUUCUGGUCUAGAAGCUUGGAUUGAGCAAAUGCAGCUCGAUCAGCUUGUAGCUCAGCAGAAUUGAGAGACCGAACCAAAGAAGCACGUUUUAUGGUCUGGUCUCUCUCUCUUUGGUAGAUAUAAAAACCUCUUUUUUACAGGUGGUGCUGGUGGUAGAAGGGUAACAAGAUUAACAAAGAAGGAAGAGAAAGAAGUUUUCUUUGUUUUUGGUCAAUUAAUUUUCACAUAAAAACAGAACGGUUUUUUUUUUUUUUUUCGGUUUAGAGAAGAAGAGAAGGGAACAAAAACAAGAAAAAGGUCUUAUGGGAAGAAGGGAGAAGAAAAAAAUCCUUCUGGGUUUUUACUUUCUCUCAUUUUCAUAUAUUUUUUUAGGAUUUCUUUCUCCCAUUAUCAUAAUUAUUAUUGUUAUUAUUAUUUUUUAUAUUAUUGUUAUGGCGAUUUGUUAUCGUUUCUUAUGAUAAUUAAAUUCUAUAAUCUUUAAUC